CUGCCCCUCCUCUUACUCCAGCUACCCCGCGCUCGCAGCCCCCAGCGCGUGCGCCUGGUUCCCCCACCCGCCCCAGGACUGGGCUGGCGCGCGCCACCCGGGAGCCGCGCGCGCCUGCAGCUCGGCUCUCCAUGCCCGGGACUAGCGCUCAGGCGGCAGCGGACAUCCUCAGCAUCAGCACCACGGGGAGCAUCCGCCUCUUUAGCAUCAGCAACAGCAGCGCCUUCUCCCGCUCCUCGCCUCCUCCGCUGCUGUUUGUCCGGGGCGGGUUGUUUUGGGGGUUUUUUUUACACGCGUUUCUUUUCAUGCAACCCCUGGCGCGCUCCCCACUGAACUUUGUAGGGGGUGCAGGAGGACACCAUGCUCCAGAGCAUAGCCACCAUGGCCUUGCUUUGAUUGGCGGGACCUGCUGCUGCUAGCAGCGCCUGGGCGGAGAGCGAGCGAGCGUGCCCCCCCCCCUUCGCCCCCCAAAUUAAAACCACCGUCUUCGGGACGGCUCGUGUGCAGUGAGGUUGUUUUGUUUUCUAGUUAUUUGGUGGUUGCAUUGAUGCUCUCUAAGCUGGAAGCUUUCCGCAAGGAGGUCCUCACCUGAAAGAGAUCAAGGCACAAUUCCAAUGUUGAAAGAGUCAAACAUUCCCUUGUAAAUGCGAACGUUGCAACUUUGUACCAGCGCAUGAGAACCCAAACUGACUAAAAACGAAAGGCAGACUUCCUCGAAAUGUUCUAGCACAGUUUUGGUGACAGGUUGUUAAUGGAGAAGAGGUCGAAUGACAGCCGGGACCGUGGUCAUCACAGGUGGAAUAUUAGCGACUGUCAUUUUGCUUUGCAUUAUAGCAGUUCUCUGCUAUUGUAGGCUUCAGUAUUACUGCUGCAAGAAGGAGGAAUCUGAAGAGGAUGAGGAGGAGCCAGAUUUUGCCGUGCAUUCCCACAUCCCUCCGCUUCACAGCAACCGCAAUGUAGUGCUGACCAAUGGGCCUUCGCUCUACUCCUCCUCCUCCUCACCCUUCAGCAAACAGCACUCCCAGUGCAGGACUGUCUGCCCUAGUUGUACCCACUAUGAUCCACCUACCUUCUUUCUGCAGCAGCCGGAUGAGGUCCACAAUGGAGGCGACCGGGUCAGCUACAAGACCAUCAGCCAGGAAGAUAUUGAACUGCCGGUGAACGUGACCAACCUGCAAGCUCUGAACCCCAACCGGCUGUCAGCCAUGCGAGAAGCUUUCUCGCGCAGUCGGAGCAUAAGCACCGACGUCUGAGUGGCUGGAGCCCCACACCGGUGGGCUGCCCGGCAAAUGACCCCUCAGCGUGAGGCUUUUUCUAUGCCGUUGUGGCUUUUAACAACGGUGAAACUUUUAAAAUCCAUGGAAGUGUUUUAAAAUGAUGAAUGUAUUUAUACAUUAGAUAGGCAUAUAAAUAUACUAAAUCACUAGGUAAAGGGUAAGCAAAAAAAGCCAGAGAGAGAUGGUUGUAGAGGUUGCAGCUUGUAUGUGGUAGGUUUUCUAGCGCUGUACAUUGAAAAUGUUUUCUUUUUAUACUGAGGAGAUUUUGAUAUUGUGCAUCCUUUCCUACACCUAAAAAGGGCCCUCCAUACCCAUCAUCGACAAUUGCUAUGGGGUAGUUUGCAAUCUUAAAGGCAGGUUUCCUGCAAUGGCUGACAAAGCGGACGAGCACUGCACAGGUGAAUAGGACUCGACAGCCUCUUUUUGUGGAUGAAAUUCACCACCCCCCCACAGGGGACCUGCAACCAGGUCUCUGCACCACUGAUGGCCUCAAAGCAGGACCAACUGGGAUUUUGUCACGCAGAGUCUUGUGCAGUCUCUCUAGAUAGGGGUGAAUUUCCUAGAUCAGCUUAAUUUACUGGUUAGUAAAUCCUAACGGUUAUCCAUGAGCUUUCUAUGAAGCCGGCGCUCUCUGUCUCCCUCUUUUUGGGCACAAGUGCUGAAGGGAAGUGCCUUGAGGUUAAGGAUGCACAACUCUUGUAAAGUCUCUUCCUUUAGUGGAGGUCCCCAGAGCUGAAAUGUAUCAGGCAUCUGGAAUCUAUGGAAAGUAUUUUUUUAAAUAGCACAUGCAAGAACUUUCAGGUUUUUCUGUAACGGGAGAACAGUGCACUGAGCAGUUUUGGUUUUGCAAAUAUUACCAAAAAACCCCAACAAUGCCACACGCUCUUUCUAAACUGGGGAAAUGAGGGCUAAACAAAACUAAAGAGGACAUUUUAUUUUUUCCAUCUGGAAAUUUGUCACAUUUUAGACUUAAAACAAAGCAACAGUCACAUUCUCAAUUACAAGUCACUGACAGCGCUCAGCUAAAUAGGAUUGCUAAUUUGCAGCAGUAGCCAAGGCCAUGUAUGGCCCAGAAUGGGGCUGCUGUGCAGUCAAUGGCCAGGGCACGGCCUCGAUUAGCUGUUUUCCCAUUCCCUUCUCCUUACGUGGCUUUGCACAGGGAUUGCUCUGGAAGAGGUUUUGUCCGAGUUUUCAAGGUCAUGCUCGCCGCAAAAAGUAAAAAUGCACCAUUGUUUUCCUUUGUUUUGAUAACCGUUCAAACCCUGCCAAAUUGUUGUCAUGCUAGCAGCCAGAGAGCUAGACCCCAGCGGGUCUGAACCCAAUCAAUAGCCUGGUUUAGGUCGUUUAACAUGAGGAAGUGAACUGCUGCCUGUGUGCACUGAAAUUAGGCUCAGGCUCGUAGUUUCUUGAUGCUGCAAAUCCAUAAGCACCAAAUUCUCUGGAAGCUUUAGAGGGCCGUUGACUGCUGUGCUGAUGUAAUAAGGCACUUCCCUGGCUAAAGCACGACAGGGAUCGUUUUAUUCAUUUAAAUAACAAACCAUCUACAAUUUCUUUAGCAGAAGAAGUAACCGGCAGUGACCGAAGCUUAUCGAAAGGUCUUUUGCAACUCACUCUCUCAAGGCUUGUUUAUCUGGUGCAUACAAUUUGUUCUACGAACCAUCUCCUUUGUAAUGGCACUGUACGUUAUUCAGGCUAACAGCAUUGCUCUGUAACUGCAGAACGACUCGUUCAGCUACAGAGCAUGGACUGGCUGCAAAUAGACUCUGAUUUGCUCAGCGCCAUGCUCUGAGGUUGCUUCAUUACAGACAUGCUCUGGGCAAGGAAAGCGGUUGUUUAUAACCACUGGAUGCAGCCGAACUGGACAUGAUACUUUUGACCCUGAGCUUUUUUAAUUCCAUGGGAGACCUUCUAAAGUACUCGUCAUUCUUUAGGACUUAAUAGCUUAGACCAUCUUGGGGUUUUUUUGUCUUGGUUUGUAACAAGUUAAAUAUGCUGGAUUUAUUCCUUACUGAGCUCCCUAAUAGGGGACGCAUUGCUGUAAAUGUGCUCAUUGGGAAUGUUCCGUCUUCUAAGUGAUCUGAUGUAACAGCGGCUGCUUCUACCGGUUUCUUCCAUUGUACGAGUCUUAUUCGAGUUUGUUUCAGCUGCAUUUAGCCUUUGGAUUCUUUGCAUUUCCGGUGGCUGUUCUUAGAGCGCCAUCUUUCCUCUUUUUUUUUCCAGUAGAUUUUUGAAACUAAGCAAGCGAUGUCGUCUGUUUCACUAACCUUCACCUGGUGAACUGUUGUACAGGACUUCUGGACUCACUGGGGGGGAAAAAAAAGCAAAUAAAAAAAAUAAACGACUCUUUGCCAUGA